CCCAUGCCCAUGCCCAUGCCCGUGCCCGCGCUUCUUCUGGUUAUCCUCUUCCUCCUCCUCUUCGUUCCGAAGAAAGCUUCCACCCACUCGUCUCUCUCUCAUACUCAUUGUUACGGCAUCUCUCCGUGUCAUGACCACGGCGUUUUUACUCGGUCUCGAUAUGCUUGCUUGCCAAUCCGUCCUUCGAUACCCUCGCCCUUACUCGACAUUCUUCUUUCAGUAGCCGCACUCAUCGCUGGUCACUACCCAGCUUCGACAAUCCUUAUUCCUUGCUCAGCACCACCAAUUCUCGCGAUUUCCUUUCCUCUCAACUUCUCGAUCGGCGCUGGGAAGAACAUAUCUACUCUAUUUUAUUCCACGCGCCGUUGUUGGUUCCGACACCCUAUCCCUCGUCCUCUUUCUUCCAUUUUCUCCUCUGUCACCUCAGAUCGGUGACCCGGCUCCCUCAAUGGCACCACCCUCGCCGCGACGGUCAUCAAGAGCCCGCGCCACCAAUUCACAAUCUCAACAGUCAUCUGUAUCCUCAAGCACGUCUGGUCGAGUUGAGCGGAAUACGAGAUCAGUCGCCAAACCCUCCUCCAACAAGUCCACACCCAGUGCCUCUUUGUCCUCGGAGCCGUUUGAAGAUCUUGACGAUACCCUCCUCGGUCGAAGGCGAAAGCGCAACCACGAAGACGAAAACGAGAAGACCUCGAAACCCGAUAAUUUUGAAAUGGCGAAUGGCAGUGACGACCUCCAAGAAGAGGAGGACGAAGCCGUGCGAUGUAUCUGUGAUGCAGAAGAAUACCCGGGCCGCCCACCCGUGGAAGGUGCCGACCUAGAUUUCUUCAAUGCCAUAGAAUUCACUGAAGACGUUACCGGCUUCUUCGUUCAAUGCGACAUUUGUAAGGUCUGGCAGCAUGGCGCCUGUGUCGGAAUCUUCAGCGCUGAGAGCUCACCCGAGGAAUAUUUUUGCGAGCAAUGUCGCAAAGAUCUCCAUAAAAUAUACACUGCAAGCAACGGCCAAAAAUGGUCCAAGUAUGUCCCCCAUAACCGGCCGUCGCGCGCAACCUCUCGAGCCGCCUCAAUUGCUAAGGAAGGCAAUCGUUCACCCAAGACUGGCACGAGCAAGAACUCGCGCCCAACUUCCGCCUCACAAACCUCAAAACGUCGAUCCACAAUGAAUAGCCGCGACCGAGCUUAUGAAGACGAGCAACUCCUGCGCGCCAUUGAAGCAAGUAAAGAAGAUGUCCCUCAAGAUGGACAAGAAAUCAUGACCCGACGAGCGAAACGGGGACGAAGCGAUAGUGAAGAGUCAAUCGCCGUCAAUGCUCGGCCACGGGAUGAAAAACUGGCAUCACUAAGGAACCCGUUAAGUGUAAAGCGACAGAGAACUAAUUCGAUGUCACCUUCACCUCCCACUGAGCCGGUCGAGGUUCAAAGUUAUAAUGAAUCAGAUGAGGAGGUUAACACUCGAAAUGGAGCCAAGAAAGCUCGUAACAGCAAGAACCAGCGAACCAAGACGGAGAAGGAAGAUAAAGAGCGCCAGCGACAGGAAGCUGCAGAUAAAAGGAAAGGCCGCGCAGAAAGGCGACGAGGAGAGGAUUCUGACCCUUCAGAGGAAACACCUCCCGCCGUUGCUAAACCUCCAGCUACCAAAAGCAUCGAGGUACCAGUUAUUAUGGAAACCCCUGCACUUGCGCCGCCCGUUCCCGACACACCCCCUGCGAGCAACCAGACCGUCUCAAGCACCGCCAAGCGCGGCGGCAGAGCUACACAUAAGAAGGGCAAAGGCAGAAACCAAUACACCAGGGAUCGCGAUGCGGAUGGCGAAUCCCCAGCACGAUCCAUGUCACGGGACAUUCAAAAGAACGGCGAAGAACCCACCCCUACACACACGAAGCCCACAAGUGAACAUCGACAUGGCAAGUCAAAGCCCGCCUUACACCACAAGUUGAAUAUGGUGGAUAUGAAGCGGCGUGUCGGUGCCAUAAUGGAUUUUAUUUCAAGGACCCAAGUGGACCUUGCAGCGGAAGCAAUCCCAGGCACGAACGGAAACGCAAGCAACGGAGAAGCAUCACCGCAAAAGUCCUUAGAUUCCCAUUCUGUAGAGAAUGAGGAUACAGCAGGCUCUUCUGAGGGCAAAGAUUUCAAGGAUCUGAACUGUAUAGAGAUGAUGGAUGUCCUGACACGAGAUAUGGUCAAGUGGCAGAAUCAGUAUACCUGACGGCAGCAUUUUGUUUCAGUAGGUCCAUCAUAAUGAGACAAAAGGGACCUGCGCUCGAUUUCUUAUUUAAGGCGUUUCCGGUUAGGUGCAUUCAGGGGCGUCACCAGCAUCCGCAGAAGAUGCAACAGGCAAAGCUGUAUGAGCUUGUCUAUACUCUGUGGUCGAUGUUAUUCUUUCAAUGGAACCACUUCACGAGGCGAAGCUGGUGUUCCGGCUACCUUUCUACAUAUACCCUAGUACGGCCCGAGGGUUCGGUCAUUGGCGUCUUUGCACAAUAUUGAGAGACAUGGUAAAGGCGGGGAGGAGGACAACUCGAAUCAAGUUUGGCACGAGAUGGCAGAAUAGGCUUAAAUAGUGUACAUGGAAUAUGCUCUAGUAUACAACGUAUGGUACGGAAAUGAAUUCCUGAGCAUGCUAGGCGCCUGCCUUCUCUUGUGCAAUUGCCUGUUUCUUCUGUUUCUUUGCUUGAUUUAGACUUAGAGGAGGGUUGUCUAUAGACUGCUGAUGCUUCUCUGAUCCCUCGUCAGAUACAUCGUCCAGCACAAACUUGCCCAUUUUCCCAUGUCGCCAUAAAUGUAGGAUUCUGGUAGCAGCCGAUUGCAAAUCAGGAACGCCUUUUAGCUUUAUUAGGCCGUCUUUCAAAGCAACGGCGGUAAGGAACUCAUGAACAUCGUUGGUGGGUUCGCAGUAUCUCUUAUACAAGGUCGGCUUGAAGAGGUUCAUCCGGUAGAGGAGGUAGUCUACCAGUAUCUCGGUUGGUAUUAACCCGUCCUUUAUGCCCUGGACGAGCGCAAAUUUGAGCAUAGCCUCGCCGUCACGAACGUAGGGCGGGAAGACGCCGGGGGUGUCCAACAGAAAUGCUCCAUUUAGGCCUACGCCCUCACUCUUCCACUCUGGGUCGAGGAUGCGCACAUUUGUGCCCAUUUUGCGCGUCACGCCUGCUUGACCUCCAGUCUUGGCUACCUUGGGGGAUUUCCUCCGUAUGCCUUGGAACCGUAGAGCGUUGAGCACUGAACUCUUGCCGACAUUGGGCACUCCGACAACUAUGGCCCGCAAACCGAGUAUUGAAUCUUGCGCUACAGCAGCUCUCUUGAUCAUUUUGAGUAACCUAUCUGUCGUAGAGGGUCUGUGCUUGUCCCAGAAGAUGAUAUUAUCACCGUAAAUCUUGCGCAGUGUGUUCUGGAGAUUUGGUGUGUCUGUUGCGUAAUCGCAUUUUGUGUAGAUGAUGAUUCGUUCGUUACCGCCUAUGAUGCGAUCUAGAUUGGGAUUGUGUGAUGUGAAAGGGAUUCGAGCGUCGCGGCAUUCGAGAGCAAGAGAGAUAUGGCUCUUCAUUUUUGUCAUCUCGCUGAAGCCCUUGGCAUGAUGGCCAAUAUAGUACGUUUUCGGUAUCGAGUUCGGUACGACAAAACUUUGCCGAGGGACAAACUGUGCCAUUGUGUCGAUUCAGUAUGAUUUUGUGGUUGUAUGUCGUAUGCAAAAGGGAAUUGAAGAAGCGCCGUUGCCUUUUGAGUUGGGUAUCGUGGAGCAUUGAGAUGUGAUAGGAUGAAGAGGA